UCUGUGUGAAAAUCUAACCCCUGUCAGCCGGGGAGGCGUAGAGAUGAGGGCUGAAAAAUCUCCCAUAGAAGGGAAGAGAAAGCUCAAAUCAAGACUGAGACUCUAAGAUGUUCAGACCCUCAUGUAGAAGCUCCAGUCCCUUUUCUCUCACAGACCUCGACAUGUGGGACAGCAGAUCUCGCUUUAUGACCCAGACCUCAGCAUGGUGUGGUAUGGCAGCUGUUUCUGAGACUGGGUUUCUGUCCAAAGCAAGCUCAAGCACAUGUGGGAGCGCUGGUGGCUUCAGACAGACAGACCCAGGCCUACGAAAGUGGCAGUCACUGUCCCAUCUGGAGCCUGAGGGUGCUACACGGCCCUUUCCUCCAUCUCCAGGGGCCGAACUGAGGGCUGCCAGAGGCGAACGUAGCUUCAGGCAAGCAGAUGCAGGGCAGUGGAUCCAGGAUGCCCAUGAGCGUCUGGACACCCAGCUUAGGAACAGGACUUCACAACUGAGCUACAUGAAAACUGCUGCACAACUCCACGACAUGAAACAUCAGGAGAAAGAGACAGUUCAGUUUGUAAACAGCCAGCAAAAAGGAGAGCUUCAUGACAAGGUCCUACAGCUGGAGAGGGAGCUGUUGCAAAUGAGGUCUAGUUUUGGAAGUGGAAUCAAUGAGAAUCUGAAUCCUGCCUCAUUUAGCAGAGCGUCCCUGAGUCAAGAGGACGUAAAUACACAGGACAGUCAGAGGUUUGGCACAGAGCUGCACAAGCUGAGAGAAGCUCUGAGAGAAGCGGAGGCAAGGGUGAAGACACAAGAGGAAGAACGAAACCAGGCACUCCAGAAACUCCGGACUUCUACAGAGACACAGGGGACGUUGCUUAAACAGAUGGACGAGAUGAACCAGAAACUCAGCCACAUGAGAAAGAGUCACUCUGAAGUUCAGGAACAGCUGAGUGAAGCUAACAACAAGAUCAGCCAGGCAUGCCUGGAAAAAGCAAUCCUGUCUACUCAAGUGCUAAAACUAGAGGAUAACAUAAAAGAACUGAAGAACAAAGUGGGAGGAGAUCUGUCUGAGAAAGAUAAACUGAUCCAGGAAAAAGCAGAUCUGCAGCAGAGGAAUCAGAUCCUGGAGCAGCAGCUGAAUCAGGGUUCAGCGGGAUGUGAGGACACACGGUCAAUAAACAACAAACAGGAUCAGGAGGAAGAAUCAAGGCAUCUAAAAGAGGUCAAUGAAAAGCUGAUAAAUGAGCUUGAAAUGACCAAAGAAAAAUGGAUGGCAUCACAAUCUGAAGUGGAGACGAUAAGAGCAGAGAGGAACGUCCUCUCCAAACAGAUCACAGAUCUAAAUGAAGAACUAUCUCAGCUGAUCAGAGAGAAGGACACACUGCUCAGUAGAAAGAAUGAAGGUGUCCAGGAGGAGCUUAAAGCAAUGAAGGAAAAGUGCAGCCAGCUCAAGGAGGCUGUGGAGGUUUUGGAAUCAGAGAAACUAAAACUGCAGGAUCGGUGUUUGUGUUUAGAGGCCAGGGUCCUUGAGAAGGAGGAGAAACAACUUCUACAGGACGAAGAACAUCAGAGACAAGAUGCAGUGAGAGACCAGAUCAUCAGGGAGCUGAAAGCUGUGGCUUCACAUUGGACUGAGAAAUGGCAGAAAGUGUCAUUGACCCUGCAGGCCACACAAGAGGAGCUGGAGGGUAUCAAAAAUAACAAACUUGGAAAUGGGAGGGGUUGUGACUCACUGAAGCAAGUGGAGCUUGAUGCACGCAAACAAGAGCUGGAGAGGAUUAGCAAUCAGCAGCUGCUUCAUAGAUACCGAGGUGAUGAAGCCAUGGAGAAUCAGGACACUGAGAAAGCGACAGACUUAUCAGAAUCCUCUUUGUUUUUGGAGCCACCGUCAGACUGCCAGACCAGACACAACAAAACCCUGCAGAGCAAUGAACUUAAUACAAAGCUGGAGGGAAGAGAGGAGGAGAUGAGGGAAAAGGGCGGAGCUUGGAAAGGUGCAGAGACACUGAGGGAGGUGGAAAUAAAUGAGGCUCAACUCAGAAAUACUGAUCUCAAGCUCAAGGUUAAAGAUGAGAACUCAUCUGUGGAAGGCAGGAAGGAUAAAACUGUCUGCCCAGUUAAUCCAGAAACAGAGGAGCAGAGGAGGCUGGUCACUGAGCAGUUGAAGUGUUUGUUUAAGAAGCGAGAAGCUAAGGACGAGCUAACAGUUCACGAUGACAACAGUUCAGGCGCCGCACAGACAGGAGCCUCUUCUCUACAGAACCGACCCAACACAUCUAAAGCCAUGAGGAAAACAGGGGACUGGAGGAUCUGGGCACAGGGUCCAGGUUUGAUGCCGGUGUUUGAGGAGGAUGAGGAGAGCGCUGACUGUUCAGGAGGGGAGGAAGUAAAGCAAACAGAUGUGACUGCUGAGAUGUUUGAUCACACUUUGAGCGCAGGAAUCAUCAAUCAGAAUGUGAAACAUGAGAGUCUGCUGCCAGCAGCACUAGGAAGCAAACAGUCCAUCCAUUCUUGUCUACAGACUUCAGAGAAUCAUCAGACUUCAGGUACUGACAUGUCAAAGACUUCAGAUGAGAUCAAGCUGCAGGAGAAGAGACCGACUGCCCUCUACCCUGAUGGCAUAUUUACAGCUGAGCUCGUUGAUAUCUGUAGCCCUGAUGAAGAGGAAGAGGAAGGACUGAACAAAUGAGUUGUUUUUUUAAGACUUCUGCUGCUUGCUAUAUCACCAAAAGGGUUUCAUGAUCAACUUUGUGCCUUAAAGCUUACAUUGAGUGAUUUUACUUAAAUGAAAUGAAAGGACUUUAUUAGACAUUUUUAAGAUGAGGCAUCCUUAGGUGACACUUUAUGGAUUAAAAAUGUCUUGAUUAUUCUUACGCAGGCAAGGUAACAGACGACCACAGGCACAAGCAAUUACUGUAGCUAAAUAACAUUAUCAAUAAUUAAAAAUGUGGAUGUCUUUUGGCACCGGCUUAGCUCAGUUUGUAGAGUAACACAGAGGCUCAAGUCCUCAGAGUAGUAGUAUUUAAUCCCAGUCCUAGCACAGUUUAGUGCAUGUCUUUCCCCUAUCUCCAAAAAAAAAAUCACCCAAAAACUAUAUAUAUAUUUAAAUUAGACUCUGACAACAGUGUUGAGAAAUGUGUUUUAUUCUUAUGACAUGAUAUAGUGCAUUAUAUUAUUUUUUUAAACCAGAAAGGUUUUUGCAAAUAAAAUACUUAAACUGAAAUAAAAUACUAAACUGAAAUUAUUGUGAAAUUAAAGAUGCCCAUGACUUAAGAAAGUAUUGUAUGGUUGUUUGUGUUUUGUGUUGAAUCCCGUUGUCAGUGCCCAACACUGAUAACUUUAGUAAGUCUUUAGUAGUUUUUUCACAAUUUUAAUCUUUUUUUUUACAUUUUAUUUUGCUCACUUGGAGAGAGCUUGAAUGGUCGAAUAAAUCACUGAUAAAUUCUCAAAAACUGAAUGAUCUCUGCUUC